CAGCUAAUCAGACCUUGUCAAUCUCACCAUUACUCAAUUUCUUCUGUAUCCCUCUUGCCCUAUCUAUCUAUCUCAAUUCAACAACAAAAUCAUAAUCAUCGCAAUUCUCUCUGAAUAAAUUAUCAAAAAUAUAACACAACUACCAAUAUCCUUCAUUUUUAUUUCAUCAAAAAAAAAAAUAUAGAAGAAAAAUCACCUUCAAACGAUGGCUUCUUCAGCAAGGAACCGUCGGUGCUUGUUGUUGUUUUGUCUCCUGACGACGAUGAUGAUAACUUCAUCUUACAGUCAAGAGUCUGAACCAGCACUACUCAUAAAAUUCAAAUCAUCGCUCAAAAAUGCCACGUCAUCAUCCUCACUCGGAAACUGGAAUUCAUCGGUGCCGCUUUGCACCGGCAACGAUUCAAAUUGGAACGGAUUGCUUUGCUUAAACGGACAAUUCUACGGUCUCCGUCUCGAAUCGAUGGGAUUAUCGGGAAAUCUCGAUGUCGAUACGCUUUCUCGGUUGACUAAUUUGCUCACUAUGAGUAUAAUGAAUAAUAAUUUUGAAGGUCCGUUACCGAACGUGAAGAAAAUCGGAGGACGAUUGAGAGGUUUGUUUUUGUCGAACAAUCGAUUUUCCGGUGAGUUGCCGGACGAUGCUUUCGCCGGGAUGAAGUCGAUAAGGAGGAUUUUAAUGGCGAAUAAUGAGUUUACGGGGAAGAUUCCGACGUCGUUAUUGGGAAUUCCGAAGCUUGUUGAGCUGCAGAUACAAAAUAACAAAUUCAAUGGAACAAUACCGGCGUUUAAUCAACAGGAUUUUCAAAUAAAUGCUGCAAAUAAUAGACUUGAAGGUCCAAUACCAUCUCAGCUUAGCAUCCAAAGUGCAAGCUCGUUUGCAGGAAAUUUGGAGCUAUGUGGUAAGCCAAUGGCAGCAUGUGCAACAUCAAAGAAGAAAAAGAAAAUCCCAAUAGUGGCCAUAAUCCUUGCAUCCAUAGGAGGAUUAAUCAUACUAGCCAUUAUAUUAUUUGCUCUUUUCCUUGUCCAUAAACAAAGGAAAAAACCAACUCAAUAUGAAAAAUCAUCAGUAAAAAAUCUGAACAAAAAACCCUCAGUACUUGGAGAAGAGAAGUACACGAAAAGUAGUCGUCGUCAUCAUCAUCAUCAUGACAAGGCUGGUAAAUUAUACUUUGUAAGAAGGGAUAGAGAAAAGUUUGAUUUAGAAGAUCUUCUUAGAGCACCAGCUGAAGUAUUGGGAAGUGGAAGUUUUGGUUCUUCUUAUAAAGCUGAUGUUCCUAUUGGAAAACCAAUUGUUGUGAGGAGAUUUAGACAAAUGAGUAAUAUGGGCAAAGAAGAUUUUCAUGAACAUAUGAGAAGCCUUGGCAAGUUAUCACAUCCUAAUGUACUUCCUCUUGUGGCUUUCUAUUAUAGGAGGGAAGAAAAGCUUUUGGUUACUGAUUUUGUUGAUAAUGGAAGCUUGGCAAGUCAUUUACAUGGCAAAAGAAAUUUUAACCAACCAAGUCUUGAUUGGCCAAGUCGUUUGAAAAUCAUAAAAGGAGUUACAAGAGGAUUGGCUUAUCUUUACAAGGAACUUCCAACACUAACACUCCCUCAUGGACAUCUUAAAUCCUCAAAUGUUCUACUAGACUACAAAUUCGAGCCACUUGUAGCAGACUAUGCCCUUGUGCCAGUAAUCAACAAAGACCAUGCCAAACAGUUCAUGGUGGCUUACAAAUCACCAGAAUACAUGCAAAAUGAACGUCUCACAAGAAAAACUGAUGUAUGGAGCCUUGGCAUCCUCAUCCUUGAGCUACUAACCGGCAGGUUUCCAGCUAAUUAUCUAAAGCAAGGCAAAGGUGCAAAUGCAGACUUAGCAAUGUGGGUGAAUUCAGUAGUAAGAGAAGAAUGGACAGGUGAGGUUUUUGAUAAAGACAUGAACACAACAAAACAUAAUUGUGAAGGUGAAAUGCUUAAGCUAUUGAAAAUUGGAAUGUGUUGUUGUGAAAUGGAUGUUGCAAAGAGAUGUGAUUUAAUGGAAGCUUUACACAAAAUUGAAGAAUUGAAAGAAAGUGAUGAAGAAGAUUAUUCUUCUAAUUCUUAUAAUUAUGCAAGUGAUAAAGGAGAAAUGUAUUCUUCUAAAGCCAUCACUGAUGAUGAUUUUUCCUUUUCUAGAAAUGCUUAAUAAGAGUAUAUAUAUAUAAAAAAUCUAAAACAUAAUAUUUUGUCUUUUAAUUUUUAUUAAAGGGUAGAUAUAUGUGGAAGUUAGAAAAAUUAAAGGAAGCUUGCAUCAUGUAAUAUUCAUGGAUACUCUUUUUUUUUUCCUAUUGGAUUUUAAGUGUAUAAUUUGUUACAAGUUUUUUACUCAAUAAAAGAUGUUUGUUCAUUCCUAA